AUGGAACAAAUAAAGAGGGCAAAUAAGCUGUUCACUAACGACUGUAUAUUUCUGAGGAAAACCCUGAACAUUCCUGUUAUAUCAGAGAAACCAUUACUCUUCAAUGGACUUAAUUCACUGGAGUCUCCUGAGAAUGAAACUGUUGACAGCUCCCCUUCUUGUGAUGAAGGACUAGUGACAGUUCAGGAGGAAAGUAGCUCUUCUCCCAGUCCUCAAGAGCCUGACAAUCAGCCCACUGCACCAGAAGAACUAUCUGCCAAAGAUUUCCUACAGAGGUUGGACUUGCAGAUUAAGUUGUCCAAACAAGCAGCCAGAAAACUAAAAGAUGACAAUGUCAGAGAGGAGGAGAAUGAGGAAGGCCCCUAUGCAACUUCUUCAUAUCAUCAGUAGAAGACAGAUGUGAUGGCCUGAAAUCUUCCCACGAAAUCAGUUCUUAGAGAACUAAAUGGUCAAUAAUUCAAAAAACAAGUCUUUUGGACUCAUCAUCUUGAUGUACUUAAAAGAAGACACAAAUGGGCAAUUGCACUGAAAUUAUGACCUCUUCUGCCUUCCAUAGGUUAAUGUCCUUAUGCUAUAUUGACAAAGGGUUUAAGCCUUCCAAAACUAGCAAUGGCCUUUAUACCCCUUCUGUGCAAACUGUAGCAUGGUAGCAACAAAAUAUCCUUGAGGUCACCUUUAUGCAGGAUGUUGAUCUUUAGUAAAGAUUUUGUAAAUACUUAUUAAAGUGAAACUUGUUUUAAGUAUUUAAAAAAAUUAAAUAAGUUGGCUUGUAAAUGACAAACUAUGAAAAUAAUAGACAUUUACUUACUCUGCAAACAUAGGCAGGUUUGCUGUGGAAGUUUUGUCUACUUCAGGACUGUAGAACUUGCCUUGGAACUCUAUGUGCGUCUGUGUGGUUCUGAUGUAUUCCUAGAAAGGGGAAUUCAACUUGUUUUGAUUAAAGCCUUUAUAGUUAAACAACAGUUUGCAAAUUGGAUUUCUGCUAAUAGAAGAGUUACAGCAAGAGGUUUUUCUUUGUGAGAUAUGACGUUGGAAUAUCAGAUGUGUGUUCUUGUGUGCAGUUAUAUUUUGUGUGCUUUUAUUUUAAUGAAUAAAAACAUA